CCUUUUUUAUUUUUUUAUUUCUCCUCUCACAACUCAUUCAUAUCAUUCCCCAUACCAUACACAACACCACCACCUCUUUAUCUUCCCAUGUCCCUAUAAAACAUACCUUCCUACACUUGCAUCACAUCUCAAGUCUUAUCAUCAUCAUCAUCAUCAUCUCACAAGCUACGUACAGAGAGAAGAACAGACCAACCAACAAAUUAACAGGCACUUCCUUGAAUUUUUCAGUUCAGUUGUUGAAUAAGAAACCAGUCUUUCAGGCUCUGGUAAUUGGCAUAGGGUGUUUUGGGUAAUAGACUCUGCUAGGAAGAGAUGGAAAGCACUGUCACGUACGAGACUGAUCUCAACCUCAAGGCAACUGAGCUUAGAUUGGGGCUCCCAGGAACAGAAGAAACUCAGGAAAAAACACUGCCUCCGUCUGCUAGAAUUACCAACAAAAGGCCAUUGACUGAAACUUCUGAGGAGACUGUUUCUAAUGCUCAAAAAAAUGUGGAAGCUGAGGCAGCCCCUCCAGCCAAGGCAAAGAUAGUGGGGUGGCCACCAAUCAGAUCCUAUAGGAAAAACAGCCUUCACGAGAACGAGGGUGCUGGGAUUUAUGUGAAAGUAAGCAUGGAUGGAGCUCCUUACCUAAGGAAGAUUGACCUGAAGGUGUAUGGAGGCUACACACAACUUCUCAAAGCUCUAGAAAACAUGUUCAAGUUGACCAUAGGUGAGUACUCUGAAAAAGAAGGUUACAAGGGAUCUGACUAUGCACCAACUUAUGAAGACAAGGACGGUGACUGGAUGUUAGUUGGAGAUGUUCCAUGGGACAUGUUUGUGACUUCUUGCAAAAGGCUGAGGAUCAUGAAAGGAUCAGAGGCUCGGGGUUUGGGUUGUGGUGUAUGAGAAAGAAAGGCUCUCAAAUUAGCAUGAAAAAGUGUUUUGGGGUUUGGGAAACCAUGGUUUGAGCUUGGGUUAUCGGAUCUAAAGGGUUCUGACUUUUGAAUCACUCUAGUGUAUGCAGUUUGUUGGCUGGCAUACCUAAUAUGGAGUUAUAACUCUGAAGGAGGAGAUGGAAGAUACAGUGAAGUUUCUUCCUCAACUUUGGCAACUUUUAUGGUGGGAUGCUAUGCUAUUCCGUGUUCUUCUUUCUACUGAUCCUUUUUCGAGUUUCAGAAUGACAAAUCUCAUUGAGAUUUCAAAUGAAACUUUGUGUAGAAGAAAGAUAGAAAAGUUUAUAUGUAAUAUUAAUUGUUUACUCCAUGUUUUUUCUCUUUUAUCUUGAUACAAGAAUACAGUGUAAUAUACAGUUUUCGUA